UAUAUAUAUAUAAAUUGUAAGUCCCUCCCAGCAAUGUUUGUUUCAUAUUUCAAUUCUUCAAUGCUUCGCAAUAUUUAAUUUGGAUAAAUACUUUCUCCUUUUCCCGAAAUCUGAUUAAGAUUGAAAGUCAGGGAAAAAGAAAACCCUAGCCAAUUGCCAUUCUGAACAAAAGAGGAAACCUUAUUUGAUUGAAGUUUAUUUGGGAUUGUUGAGCAGAGAGAGCGAGAGCGAGCGAGACACAGAGAGAGAAACGAUGGAAGCGAUACCGCACCCUAUUCCUAGAACAGUUGAAGAGGUUUUCAGCGACUUUAAGGGCAGGAGAGCUGGAUUGAUUAAGGCCCUCACUACUGACGUUGAAAAGUUUUUCCAGCAGUGCGAUCCUGAGAAGGAGAAUUUGUGUCUAUAUGGAUUUCCAAAUGAAACAUGGGAAGUGAAUUUGCCUGUUGAGGAAGUGCCUCCUGAACUUCCUGAGCCAGCAUUAGGUAUAAACUUUGCUAGGGAUGGUAUGCAAGAGAAGGACUGGUUAUCACUGGUUGCAGUUCACAGUGACUCAUGGCUGCUCGCUGUUGCUUUCUAUUUUGGUGCCCGGUUUGGUUUUGGUAAGAAUGAAAGGAAAAGGCUUUUUCAGAUGAUGAAUGAUCUGCCAACUAUCUUUGAACUUGUGACGGGAAGUGCUAAGCAAUCAAAGGACCAACUGGCUGCUCAUAACAAUGGUAGCAAAUGCAAAUCAAGUGGAAAGGUGUCCCGCCAGUCUGAGUCUCAGGCCAAGGGAGUGAAGAUGUCUGCACCACCCAAAGAAGAGGAUGAGAGUGGAGAAGAAGAAGAAGAGGAUAAUGAGCAAGGUGCAACGUGUGGUGCUUGCGGUUGCGGUGAUAAUAAUGGCACUGAUGAAUUCUGGAUCUGUUGUGAUAUCUGUGAGAUAUGGUUCCAUGGUAAAUGUGUUAAAAUUACUCCUUCUAAGGCUGAGCACAUCAAGCAGUACAAGUGCCCGAGCUGCAGUAGUAACAAGAGGGCUAGAGUUUGAAAGCUCUGAACCUCUGGACCAAAUACCAAUUAAACAACAGACAAGGUUUUAGAAUGUUUGGUAACAUUUUUAGUAGUGAAAACAUUGUUGCCUGUUCUAGUUUCAAGUUUUGCUAGUGUUCAUUCCUACUGUCUAAUUUUCUUGGGAAUUAUGUUUUUAAGUAGUCAUUGGCCACAAAGAUAUUAUUUAAAUAUAUUCUGCAGUUUC